AUGUUGAUUGUGUUAAAAUAAACACAUUUAGUUGACAAUAGGCCGCAUAUUGACACGGUUGAGGGUUCCAAUUGAUAGAGAACUGAAAUGAGAUUUGUCCUAUUUUUCACGUCAUGUCUUUUGACAUUCAAAUGCGCAUCUACAGAGCAAUGUAGUUCCCCUUAUCGUCGAAUAGGCAACGGAUGUUUAAUUAUAAUAAACGAUACUGUUUCUGGUGAUGCUGCUUUUGCAAAAUGUUUACACCGUGGUGACUACCUGGCAACCUUUGACACCCUAGGUGAAGCGAUGUUGAUGAAGUUCGAACUCUUAAAAAUGAAGACAGGUGUACACUAUUAUGUCGGUGGACGUAACAUCAACAGAUAUACACCUGGCGGUGAUUGGAGAUGGAUUAAGCAGAAUGGAGACAUGGUCAAGAUGACUUACUUUGCUUUUGAUAAAGAGGAACCAAAUGGAUCACUUAGUGCACCACAAGAUUGUAUGUUUUUCUAUGCUGCUAGAAAAUACUCGUUUCACUCCGUCUGGUGUGAUCAUGGUGGCUUACUUGGUGGUUACAUUUGCCAAAGACAUGUUUGAAUAUACAGAUUGAUCCCAUACAUUAAAGAAUAUUUCAGGCCGGUGAAUUUGUAACCAGUUUAUUCAAAAACAUUAGCUUUUAUCUUAAUUUAUUUCAUAUUGUAUUCAAUGAUAUCAGACAAGACCUUUUGAGUGUGCAGUGCCAUUCUUUGUUCGAAUUAAAAGUAUUUAAACAA